UCAGAAUAGUGAAGCUGUUCAGGACGCCAUCUGCUUUAAGUGAACCAUUUACAAUGAAAGCUAUGUUCUACAUCACCCUUUUCUUUUAUCUUGUGGGCAUUCAUUCCACCCUGAAGACCACCCUAGAACAAGAAGAUGUGAUCAGGAUCCACAGCCUUCACGUGACUUCGCUGGUCACAUCGCGCUUCUCUCGCACAAUCAUCACCAGUAUGUCAUCCAACCAAGCUAAUGUAUCGAAGGAGGUGUCCUUUGAUGUGGAGCUGCCUAAAGAAGCCUUUAUCAGCAAUUUUAGUUUGACCAUUGAGGGAAAGGUAUAUGUUGGAGUGGUGAAGGAGAAGGGAGUUGCUCAGAAGAUCUAUACUGACUCCGUUUCACGUGGACGCACAGCUGGAAUUGUGAAAGCAUCGGGGAGGCUGUUUGAGAAAUUUGGUAUUUCAGUAAAUGUGGCCCCUAAAAGUGAAGUUGUCUUCAUGUUGACCUAUGAGGAGCUGCUUAGGAGAAAAUUUGGACAGUAUGAGAUUCUCUUGAAGAUUAAACCAAACCAACUCGUGGAGGAUUUCCAGAUUGAGGUUCACAUCGAUGAGACAAGGGCUUUAAGAUUUCUGGAUGCUGACGCUACAUUUCUUACAAAUGACCUGAGGCAAAUGGUGGAAAAAUCAUAUUCUGACAAUAAGGGCCAUGUCUUCUUUAAGCCUUCUUUGGAUGUUCAACGUUCCUGCUCUGAAUGUACGAGCACCCUUCUGAAUGGGGAAUUCAUUGUCAAAUAUGAUGUUGAUCGCUCAAAUGAUCUGGGUGAAAUCCAGAUAAUAAAUGGCUACUUUGUACAUUUUUUUGCACCUACAAAUUUGCCUCAGCUCCCGAAAAAAAUAGUGUUUGUCAUUGAUGUCAGUGGAUCUAUGUCAGGACAGAAAAUUAAGCAAACUAAAAAAGCCAUGUUGAGAAUAAUAGAGGACCUUAACCCAGAAGACAAUUUCAACAUAGCCAUCUUUAACUCUACGGUGGUUUAUUGGAAACAGUCUCUUGUCAAGGCUGACAGGAUAAAUGUUGAGCAUGCAAAGAAAUAUAUCACCUCAUUAAGUGCUGGUGGAGGGACCAAUCUGAAUGAGGCUCUAUUGAGUGCAGUAAGGCAAAUUCUUCAAACGAGUCCAACAGGUGUUAUACAAGGGUCUAGUGCCCCAAUGAUUAUUAUGCUAACAGAUGGAGACCCCUCUGUAGGGGAAACACAGGAUGACAAGAUCCAAGUAAAUGUGAAACAGGCCAUCAAUGACCAAAUCUCUUUAUACUGCCUGGGUUUUGGUCAGGAUCUUAAUUACAAGCUUCUGCAGACCUUGGCUUUGGAAAAUGGGGGUGUUGCCCGAAGGAUCUAUGAAGAUUCAGAUGCUGACCUUCAGCUGCAGGGAUUUUACAAAGAGGUUGCAUAUCCUCUUCUGACUGGAGUCCAGUUGACAUACCCUGAGAAUGUUGUCUCGCACCUCACCAAAAGUACUUUCCCGCUCUAUCACAAAGGGUCAGAAAUCAUAGUAGCUGGGAAGGUCAGCGAUAAUGAGCUUACUGAACUCCCCGCGGAAAUCACGGGAUAUGGGGUAGAUGAACACCUGUCCUUUACUACAACCAACUUAGAUAAUGUGCCUCAAGGAUACAUAUUUGGAGAAUACACAGAAAGGCUUUGGGCUUAUCUUACUAUCCAGCAGUUGCUUGAGAAAGAAAUACUGGCAAAAGGUGAAGAUAAGGAAUACCUCAAGUCUAGGGCCUUGGCCCUCUCCCUGAAGUACAACUUUGUAACACCAUUAUCCUCCAUGGUAGUCACCAAGCCAGAGGAGAGUGACGAGAAACCACCUGUUGCAGCAGAAAAAGAAGAACAUAAAAACAUUCCAAAAAAGUUUCACGCUGCCUCUGCAACAAGAAAGAGCUUUGUCGAUGGAGACCCUCACUUCAUUGUUAAGCCAUCAGAUGUCAAUCUAGAGAUUUGUUUUAAUGUCAAGCAGAGCCCUGGGGUCUUCCUAAAUCUGGUGGAGGAUCCAGUCACUGGAAUCUCAGUUUAUUGUGAACUGGUUGGUAAAAACAAAGAUGGGAGCACAGAUGCAUCAGGAAACACAUAUAUUGGGAAGCUUGGAUUCCAGAGCCUUGGGUUGGGAAUCCAAUUGGAGGUUACUACCGAGACUAUAACCAUCACUAACAGUAAACAGAAGACAGUCUUCAGCUGGAACAAGAUAAGGGUAGAAGCACAGAAAGGCUUGACCCUCAGAAUUUUAGAUGAAAGACGUUUGGCAAUUAUCAUGGAUAAAAUGAUAACCUUUAUCGUUGUCCUUCACCGACCACUGAAGGAGCAGUCCAAACAUAGAGAUUACCUGGGGCUUUAUACAGAGGACGUUCAUCAACUUUCUAAGAACACCUAUGGGAUACUGGGACAAUUUUACCACUAUAUUCCUAUGGAGAUUUCAAAUGUGACUUACAUAUCAAAGGGAAUCGAAGCAACCUUAUCUGUCAGAGGAAAGACGACCAAGGUGUAUGGGCAGCAGCGCAAAAAUUACCACCAAUAUGCCCUGCAUGGGGAAAGCACAUUUUGCUGGUUUAUAGAGGAUGGUUUAACAUGGCUGACAGGCAAAAGUGAGGAUGAAUUCCUUGUACCCACAUUAUACAAAUCCCAGGUGAGUGUAGUGUUUCUGUCUGCGAUUUAUGGUUUAGUGGAAACAUGGGUGAGAAGAGAUCUAGGAAAGGUUUGA